AACGGUUUGAGGUCAACGAUGACUUGUACACUCUUAUCCUAAUCUUCUUCAUUCGUAUCACUUGUUUGUUGGUAGUAACUUCAAAAUACAAUCUGCCUCUAGCCAGGUCUCAUCUCUAGCUCUCUUAAGGUGAAGCUGUGUUGUCUAGACAGCAGGAUGAGAUUGUGGGUUUUGUGUCUGCUGCUGAUGGUGGUCUGCAGUGCGCACACUGCCCGUAUCCUUGCUAUACUCCCCAUGAUAGCCAAGAGCCACCACAUCCUGUUCCACUCAGUGCUCAAGUCUCUGGUUAGUAAAGGCCAUCACGUGACAAGCUAUACCACCAUUCCACUGGCCAAGCCCUUGAAUAACUACACAGAAAUAUUUCUCGAGAACAUCGUGUCCGCUGAAAAAGCCAUAUCAGCCGACCAGUUGAAGGUAGUUUUAAAUCUGUCGCCCAUAGCAUUUUCUACAAUGUUAUUCAAGGAAGGCAGAAGAAUUAUAGAGAAGACAUUUGAAAAUAAUAAAAUUCAAGAACUCAUAAAAUCAAAAGAACACUUUGAUCUGAUCUUCCUGGAGACAUCGUUUGCUCAGGAGCCUUUACUUGCUUUUGGGCACAAAUUCAAGGCUCCGGUCAUCACACUGCACCCUUUCGGUUCGUUCAGCCUCAUCAACACUAUCAUCGGCAACCCUCUGUGUCUCGCAUAUGUUCCGGACUUCAGUCUAGCUCACUCGAAUCGCAUGACGUUCUAUGAAAGAGCCAUCAACUCGUACUCCAUACUGAAGACCUUGUAUCUGUACCAUUACGAGUACUUGCCGUCGUUGGACACGUACACGAGGCAGAUGUUCCUGGACCCUACACUUCCACCUGUUGUCGACAUGUUGAGGAACACGUCUCUGGUUGUGAACAAUGCACACCGCACGGUGCACUACGCUCAGCCCUACACACCUAACCUUCUCCCGGUGGGAGGAAUCCAUCUGUCACGACAACGAACACCUCUGCCUAAAGAAAUGAAACAGUUUCUAGACGAAGCUAAGAACGGUGUGAUAUACUUCAGCUUGGGGUCUUUCGUCCCGGAUCACUUACUGCCGAAGGAAUACUUCGACAACUUCAUCAAUGUAUUUCGUAGAUUACCUCAGAGAGUGAUGUGGAAAACCGGCUCUGAUCUCAAGCACCUCCCGGACAACAUAAUGAUCGGCAAGUGGAUGCCUCAGCAGGACAUUCUGGCCCAUCCAAAUGUUGUGUUGUUCAUGACUCAUGGAGGUAUAUUGAGCCAACACGAAGCCAUCAGUGCCGGCGUGCCAGUGGUCUGUAUUCCAUUCUUUGGUGACCAGCCCAUGAACGCAAGAUUUUAUGAGGAACACCAGAUCGGAGUCAGAAUUCUGUUCGGUGAUCUCUCAGAGGAAAGCAUAUUUCAUGCUGUAAAAAUGGUUUUGGACGAUCCAAAGUACAGAGAAAACAUGAAGAGGAUGCAACACAUCUACAAUGAUCAACCAGUAUCACCCGAAGACUCUCUCGUGUUCUGGGUGGAGUACGUGCUGAGGCACGGAGGCGCUCAGCACCUCAGGCCUGCCUCGGCAACGAUGCCAUGGUACCAGCUCUACUUACUAGACGUCGUAUCAGUGUUGCUGCUGACCACUGCAGCUCUCAUCACAUCUCUUUAUUUUGUCAUUAAAAAAAUAUUUUCUUCUUUGAAAAGACUAAUAAAUAGUGAUGGAACUCUAAGUAGCAAGAAAAAUAGUUGAGUCAAAUGUAUUUCUAAUAAAGAUUAUUUUUGUUAAUUUAAA